CAUUACUUAUUCAACAGCUUGAAGUCAGAUGACAUAAAAGCAUUAAACAUUGUUCUAGAUGGAAUGCGUCGUUCAGACAAGUAGAAGGAAAGCGUAUUCUUUCGGAAAUAUAUUAACUUAUAUUCACAAUUAAUUCUAUGGACUAUGAAAAUUGUUAUGGAUUACAAAAGGAGGACUAUAUUGUUUGGGUGUCUCUUGACUUUCGUUAAAAUCUGGAACGUCAUAUCUUGUACCGGUAUAACCUUCACCAAGUACCACUAUGAUCCCAGUUUGGCCGGAUACAGAUGUAUACCAAGUGAAACUGCCUUUGAAGUUGAUGACGUGUUUGAUCCCCUACAAUGCGGAAAACUAUGUCACCUCGGUAAUAUUUGUCGCAGCGUAUUCUACAAGCCGGAGUCUAACAAGUGCAUUGGAUGUCGCGUUAAUCCUGGAGUGCCGAACUGCGACAUUGAAACAAGCAGCGGUUCAAACUAUUUCCGAACAAAACCAUUUUACAGAGACAAAGUGCCAGCUUCAGUAACCGACUGCAAAGACAUUUUUGAGAAUGACUGCUCGUCGCCAAGUGGCCUUUAUAACGUAACCUUGUGGAAAUCAAAGAAAAUAUUAACAGUCUUCUGUGACAUGGAGACAGCAGGUGGAGGCUGGACAGUGUUUCAGAAUCGGUUUGACGGCUCAGUCGACUUUUUUCGAAACUCGUCCGAAUAUGAAAACGGCUUCGGGGAUAAAAGUGGUGAAUUUUGGCUGGGUCUUAAGUUUGUGCAGGAAAUGGCAUCUCAUGGAAAAACAGAGCUAAGGCUGGAUCUUACGGCGGGAGAUGGCAGAACUGGUUAUGAAACCUUCCCAAACUUUAAGCUGGACAAUAGCCCAAACUACACCCUUCACCUUGAUCCUGGAACGACAAAUAUAAAAAGAGGUGUAAACGUGAGUUUUUCAGGACAUGACGGUUAUCAUUUUUCAACGUACGACGCUGACCGUGAUGUAAUGUCUGACUACCAUUGCGCAGAGGUACAUACUACCGGUUGGUGGUUUGACGACACGUGUCAGCGUGUCAAUCUAAAUGGAGUGUACUCAACACCUGGAGAAGCACGAAUAGAAGGAGCUGCUGGCGCAAUUAUCCACGUGGCUUUUGACGGUCUCAAAUCACUUAAAAGUGCUAGAAUGAUGUUCCGGAGAAUGUGACGUCAUUGACUUUUGAUUGAGAAAACAACACUUAUUUUUACAAUUUCACUGGUCUGAAAGCUGUAUCACUUGAAUGAUAAGAUUUUCACUACAAAGUUUGUAUGUUGUAUCACAUAAUUGAUUGUUUAACCCUUACCUUGCUGAAUUUCUAUAAUGGAUUUGUUAAUUUUCCAAUUUCGACAGUACCAUUAACUGUUAAAAAGGGGUGCUUACCAAAAAGAUACUGGCUGAAUGGCGAACAGUGCAGAUCAUGAUCUACACUGGUCGCAAAGGCAGAAUCAAUCGUGUCCAGCAUGGUAAGGGUUAAAUUAUUUCUUAGGGGGUGAUACUUGCUCUAUCUACUUGGUGAUUUAUGAAAAGAAAUACACUUUAGAUUACAUAUUUUUGAUAUAUGUGUUAAAUGUAUGUCAUUGCAUCUUAAUACAUGUAUAUGAUUUUGCUAUGUAAAUAUCGAAACAGUACUAUAAUAAUAAACUCUGUUCACAUAGGUUUGAUAAUUAUGUAUUCCUUGUUUAUACUAAAUGUGUUUCAUAUUUUCUCAUGCACAUGUAAAUAGUUGUUAUAUAUGUUAUAAUCACUGAAAAGUGGAAAUAAAGAGUAUAUAUAUACUGCUGUAAGGGAUAACGUUCCGACGUAACAAUUACAUGUCAUAUGGCGAUUUCCCAGCUUUUGAUGGUGGCGAUAGACACCAGGUGUCCCCCUCCUAGCAUUUUUCAUCACGGACGGGCACCUGGGUAGGACCACCGACCUCCCGUAAGCCAGCUGAAUGGCUUUUAUACCUCAAUGAGGCUAGAACUCACAUUGGUGAGUGGCAAGUGAUUUGAAGUCAGCAACCUUGUCCACUGGGCCACCUUCGCCCAUUUGCAUGUAUUCAAGACAAAUAUGAUUAAUGCUACGAAAUACGGACAUGAACUCGGUUUUAUUUAAGUAUAUAUUGUAUUUUUACGUUGUAUUUUGCACUUUAUUUUUGUCAUUGAUAAUGAACGUUCACGGUAAGGUUACUUUAAAUUGAUAUGGAGUGAUUGUAAUAUGGUCAAAAUAAUUUUAAAUAAAUUGAAAUGUUAGCAAAUAAUUUUAACAUUUCUCGAAGAAAAUUGCUUGCAUCAGGCUUUCCGGAAAUGUCAAGUACUGUUCCUCUCAACGCUAUCUGUAGUUUGAUGAAAAACAGUUUAAUUAAGUUCAACUAAAGGCUCAUAUUUGUAUAUGAAAUAUAAAGAAAAACAGAUUAUAUGAUGCGCCAAUAAAUAUAUUUUCUAUGAAUAGAGGAGAUAUUUCUAUAUACAAGUAGAUCAGAAAACAAAUGAUAAGUCACGAAAACGUAAUAAUUAUUUGUUCAAACGGGCAUAACUCCAAGGGCGUACAGGUCGGGAUGCCUCUCAAAUAUUUCUGCGAGAAAAUACACGAUUUUUUUUCUAAAUUAUCUAAAUUAGUUUCUACAUUUUGUUUGGCAUUUGUUUUGUACAAUUUUUUUUUAUAUAUAAGAUAUAAGUCUACUUCCAGCAUGUUUCACUUUUUUGGGUGAUACAAUACAAUGUCCCCAAAAAGUAACCGACUUGUAAGCCAUUUGCCUAAAUUUUAUUUUCUCCUUCAUUUUAGCCUGAACACCAUUUCAUUUUAUUUUAAAGAAAUCUAACAGAAUGGUUAUAUGCGUACUUUUGUUUAUUUGUAUAAAUGCAAAAAGAUGUAUGUUUGUAUGUAUAUAUGUGGACUUAGUGUACUAUAUGUGUGAUUAUGUUCGCAUUUUGUUUGCAAUUUGAACGUGUUAAAUUAUGGUUACAUAAAUACAUAGGAAUGUUUCAUUUGUGUAAGAAUAUGCAAUAUGUUUCAACUGAAGAUAUGGAUGCAUGAUCAGUGUCGCACCUGUGUUGGGUUUUCGAACUGAACAAAUAGCUUAUAAUGUAUUUUUACAACUGAAUGCAUAUAUUUUGUACUAUAUAAUGUAAAUGGCGUUAUUUACAAUUUUGGCAUGUCCGAAACAUUGCGGAAUGAUACUUAUUUCACUUGGGUAAUGAUUACAUUUUACUCGGGCUUUAUCAUAGACUCACUUGGUAAGACCCAGACUUAAAACUAAAAUCAAAGUACUAAAUCCAUGCAAUAUUUCAGUGAAACUCCAAAUUUUGUAGUUUGUAGCAUCGUCUAUGGCAUGUGCAGUCAAAACUGUAAUUUGAUUUUUUUAAAAUAGUGUAAUAUUUGUUUUUAAAGUCACUAUAUGUUCACUGUAAAAAUACUGCUUUUACCCAAGUGGAAACUGGCAGGAACUUGAAAAUGUAGGUCUCUGAUUGGUCAGUUAGAACUCUGUUGUCAUGAUAAAUUUCUGAAUGCCAAUAUUCACAAUAAGAAGACGAGACAAAGUCAAUAUGUAGUUUCAAUAUGUUAACGACUCAUAGUUUUUCCAGCCAUUUUCUUUGCUGCCUCACCCAAUGUCACAUAUACAAUGUGUUUAAAAUGGUAGAAUUUUUGUCAACUGGUUCUAUUUUGCAGGAAGAUACGGUACUACGAAGAGGUGUUAAAACAUUUCAAGGAUAUUUUAGAAUUUAAAAGUAAAACAAAACAGUCGUAUAAUUUCAGAAUUUACUAAAAACAAAAACAGUGACAUGUACUGAAUUCUAAUCUAUUGGCUGUCAAUAAAUAAAAUUUUAUAUACUAUACUACAAGAUGGAAAUUCCACAUUAAUCCUGUUAUGUAACUACUUGAAGUGCUGCUUUAACACAUUGGAAUCAGAGAAUUGAACAACAGUGUUAUAUCACCUUUGUAGUACAUAAUUAAAUGAGCCAUGCCAUGAGAAAAUCAACAUAGUGGCUUUGCGACCAGCAUGGAUCCAUCCGCGCAGUCUGGUCAGGAUUCAUGCUGUUCGCUAACAGUUUCUCUAAUUGCAAUAGGCUUUGAAGGCGAACAGCAUGGAUCCUGACCAGACUGCUGGUCUGGAUCCAUGCUGGUCGCAAAGCCACUAUGUUGGUUUUCCUAUGACACGGCUCAAAUGUUGUAUGCUUACACGGAAAACAUUAUCUAAAACUUUUUUAAAUGUUGUUUUUUACUGUAUAUGUUUUUCUAGGCUUUUGUGAUAAAAACCGCGAUCUAUUCCCUAACACCCGUACAAAAUCCAUACGGAAGUGCUAUAAAAAUACAAAUACAAUAAUGUGUUUUUGAAAGUAAAAAAUGGGAGCUGAUGUUACCGUAUAUAUGAUUUAUUUUAUGUUGCCACUAAAUAUGAGACAUUUUGUGCAUUUACUGCAGUUAUGAACAAACAAUAUACUAUGAAUUUUGCCGAAAAUUUAAAAUUACUGAAGGAUAUUCAGAUGUUUAGGUUAAUGAAAAGUAAGUUAAAAUAUAAAGUCACUUAGUUUGAUAAAUAUGCAAAAACUGUAAAUGUAUAAUUGUGUUAUGUAUUUGCUGAUGUGCGUUUAUUACUUAGCUGGCACUCUUUGAAUAUCUAAGUUAUUUUUUGGUGUUACAAAUGUUAUAAGUAAUUUUAAACAAUUCCAAACAGGAUCUCAUAUAGCUGUGCGGACAAGGCGUUUAUCUGUCAAUAUUGGGAUUAAAGGGUCGAGUCUAAUGUCUGGCACUGUCACAUUCUUUUACAAAUUCAUGUUUUAUUUGCAUAACUCAAAUUUAAUAUCUAAUAGUGCGAGGGCGGUGCCACUUCAUCACGUUUGUUAAAGCUGCAUUUCUUAAAAAAUAUUCUAAUGACAGGAGUUCAACAUUAUCAUGCCAUUUAAAAAAAAAAGAUUCUACCAACAUUCCAGAUGUAAUUUCUUUCUUUAUCGCCAGCAUAUACAUAACUUCAGAAAAAAAGUAUGAAAAUAAAAUCCUAAGGUAAUGAAACUCUAGUAUAAAGAACAAGAAAGGUAGCAAAAAAAAAAAAAACAGUGGGACGAAACUUAAGUUGCGUAAGAGCCAGAGAUUUGACCAUUACGCCAUCGCAGCUGUGGUUGUAGGUAGGCGUAAAGAUUGUUUUUGUUUUCGGUAUCCCAACCUAAUCUAAGUGUUUGACCUUUUAAUGGCCUUUAAAAAUUUAUUUUACAACUUUUUUUACAACAAAGUUGCAGAAGUGCACUCUGCUCUAAACAUGACCAGUGAUGUUAGAAAUCAACUUAUUGAUGCUCUAAAGUUAUAACCCCCUUAUUUCUAUUCAUUUUUGACACAAAAAUAAUAUCCGGAAAGUCUCACUUAAUAAAAAAAUUUAAAAGAAAUCCGACCUACCUACCCUAAUUUUUUUUUAGCUCGUUACCUGAAACAAAGACUUUUAAGGCCUUAUUGUGAUUAUAUUUUGUAAAAUUUAUGAUUGUUAGAUACGCGAGAUAAAUAAAAUGCCCGAAUAGAUUAAAGGAGAUAAAUUAGUGCCAGGUACAUACUAAUGCACAAUACUUAUGUUAAAUGUUUUAUGUUGUCUGCAAAUAAAAAAUAAAGUCUUGAAAAGA